GGAAGUGACUAAUACAUGUAUUGGUAAAUAAGCGAAAACAACUCAAAGUCUUGUGACUAUUUCAAAACAUUAAAACUGUAUGUGUUGAUGAAAGUUUCAUUUAUGAACAGGUGUUAAGGUAAAAAGGAAACAUGUUUAGCAGUUCGGCGAAUUACAAUAAGUUGAAAACCAACUUAAGACUGACAAUUAAUCGUUUAAAAUUGUUGGAGAAAAAGAAAACAGAAAUAGGCCAGAAAGCUAGAAAAGAAAUAGCAGACUACAUAGCUGGCGGUAAGGAUGACAGGGCGAGAAUCAGAGUGGAGCAUAUCAUCAGGGAAGAUUACCUGGUUGAGGCUAUGGAGCUGUUGGAGAUGUACUGUGAUUUGCUCCUGGCAAGAUUUGGCUUGAUUCAGACACAGAAGGAGUUGGAUCCAGGCCUUGAGGAGGCCAUAGCCAGCCUGAUCUGGGCAUCACCGCGGCUGCAGACAGAUUGUCCGGAGAUUAAAGUCAUUGCAGAUCAGCUCACAAUCAAAUACGGCAAAGAGUACGGACUAGCCUGCCGCACAAACUCUCUGGACAAUGUCAGUGAGAAAGUCAUGCAUAAACUCGGCGUUCAGGCUCCACCAAAGAUCCUGAUUGAACGAUACAUGAUCGAGAUCGCCAAGUCGUAUAACGUUCCGUUUGAGGCGGACCCGUCGGUGAUGGGACAGGACGAGAUACUGCUUGCGGAGAAUAUGCUGAUAGAUCUGGAUGAUGGCAAAAAAGGAGGAGCAAGCGGUGGAAGUGGAAUGGGAGGAGGAGGAGGUGGUGGCAUGAUGAUGCCUCAGGCCUAUUUCCAGCAACCGCCACCACCCAGCCAGAGUGCGAUGUAUUACCCACCACCCCAACAACAACCAUACCCACAGCAACCACAACCGCCUCAGCAAAUGGCUGGUAAAGCACCCCCGCCCCUCCCUAAUACACCGCCCUCAGGACAUGGGGCCAGUUACCAGAAUGGAGGGGCCAGUGCAGCCCCAUCAGCCCCUGCUGCGGGUCAGGAGCACUCACCCCCACCCCCCUACACCUCCAAUAUGAACUUCCCGAAGGGUGGUGGUGGAUACGAGGACAGUUUCCCAGAACUCCCUGCAGUGCCCAACAGUAUCCUGCCAGACCCCCCGGGCUCCAAGUCCUCUGGGGGUGAAGACGUAGACUUUGAUGACCUCUCGCGCAGGUUUGAGGAGUUGAAAAGAAAAAAGUGAACAUCUUGUAUGAACAGACACAAUGUACAUAUUUACAAUGUUUAGAAUUCUGUGUUGUUACUGUUAUUUUUUUUUAUUUAAUGCCUUAUUUGUUAUGAAUGCAUAUUUUUUUGUGUGUGUAAUACUUUAUAUGUUAAAAUGUAUGUGAUUCUAUGAAAUCAGUGAUUUGUUGUACUGUACCUGGUCUUCUGCUUAAAAAAAUGUUUAUUAGACCCUUGUUGACAUAAGGAAAAGAUCUAUGGUGGGAUAUGGGGCUGCUGCUUUGUCCAUUUUUUGCCCAAAUCCCCCUCCGGUUCCUAUUGGCUGGUCAACACUAAAAAUGUGUUAAAUUUUAAUAAAUUUUUGCAUUUGGUAAAUGGCUUAUGGAGAGACUAUGAUUUUAAACCUUAAUUUCAUUUGUUUGACACAUGGAUUCCUAGAUUCAUUAAAUAAUUUGUUAUGUCACUAGGAUGGUCCAGCUUUCCAUCCUGCCCCCUUUUGAGCAACACUGUGUACAUUUUGUGAUCUUUCAUCUUUUCCUAGACACAAUUUUAAACUCAAUCACGUUUAUCAGCAGUUUGACUGGUCUAUUUAUUAUUAAAUAAUCUGCAUCACGUUUUGUGUUUAUCGUGUAUGUCAUCUUCACAAUUUGUGUAGAAAAUGCAAAUGAAAUAGGCAUUUUUUCGGAUGUAUAUAUACUUCUGUAACAUUUAAAAUUCAUGCUGUAAUUAAAUCUAUUACUAUAAUAUGCCAGCUUUCAUCAGAAAUGUACAUAAUUUUAGUACAUUACUAAAUCAAUGAAGCAAAACAUAAAUAAUAUAUGUUAUUUGUUAUAUAACCGUACCUUAUCUUGAAAUCAAGAUCUUUUUCGAACUCGGCAUUCUUUGUAAAAGCACAAAUAUUUGUGAAAGAAAUCUUUAAAUUUCAAUAAUAGUUGAUUAAACAGUGCAACCUCA